ACGAGGCAUGCUGAUUUGGUAGAUGACCCCGAAGCUCGGAUGGGGGGGACAUUCGAUGUGCGAACGCGGUUCAGGAUGGAACCGUCAAGCUCCGGGGUGAAGGACCAGGUGUCCCGCAUCUCGGCCACGUGCUUGGACCGCUGCCUGAAGAGAGCAUCCAAGUUCGUGAGUGAUCCUGGGUCUGUACUGCAGAGGACCAUUGACAACGCUGCCGAGGCGUUUGUCGCUUCCAUUCAUUCAGCUAUUAUGGUCAAGGCUGAGCUGGAUGGAAGGGAGGCUUUGGCAGCAAAGGAGAGGGAGAACUCUUCUGCUGCCUUAGAGGCUGCCACCACGCUGAAGGGCGAGCUGCUAAAGGCCCAAGGCGAGGUGGGUAUCUUAAGGGCCGAGGUGGAUGCCAAGGCCGAGCUUUUGAAGAAGGAGGGUGAAAAGCACAAGGCCCACCUCCGAGCAGCCCAUGCGAUUACCAAGGGGCUGGAGAAGGAGAAAUUCCAACUCUUGAAGGAGAAGGACGAUCUCGCUCAGGUCCUUGAGGGGAAGGAUACCUCAAUUGGGCGCCUCACAGCCGAGCUUAAAGACCUGAAGGAGCGCCUAACCAAUGGAUCUCUACUGGAGGAGUCGUUCAGGCAACACCUGGACUUCGAUGGGUUUGCCAAGGACUUCAGCGACGCCGGCUUCAAGUUCCUGAUGAAGGGCAUUGCUGCCGACAUGCCCCACCUUCAGAUCGAUCUCAGCAAUCUCAAGAAGAAAUAUUCUGAGAAGUGGGCUUCUGGGCCUAAUGGGACUCCUGGCCCCCAAUCGCUGGUGGUCAAGUACGUCAGGGAGCUGGACUCUGACUACUCCGACAUGGAAGAAGAGGAUGCUCCUAGCCAAGAGCCCAAUGAGAUCGGCACAACGCAAGAGGAGGUUCCUUCCCAGCAGGAUGGAUCUCAGGAGGUUAACCUUCUAGGCUCCGAGGGCGAGCUGUCCUCCCACCUCGGAAGUAGCUGAAGCUCUCUUUCCUUCUAUCUUUAUAUAU